CAGUAUUAAGUCACCAUGUGCCGCGGUUUUUCUCGACAAAACUACAAUUCCCAGAUUUGUUUAAUCAUCAAAGGUUUACUGUGUAGCACAUCCUUGACCGGAGUGGAGAUUGGCUUUCUGGUGCAUAUUUCACACAGACACCGGGAUAAUGAAAUAAUUAUUUGCACCGGCGUAUAUGAACUUUAUGCGUUAACUGGUUCUUACUCUUGUUCAAGAUGUGACGACUCCUUCUUGCCAUCCGUGUUGUGGCCAAGCAUGGCGCAGGAGGAGGACAAACACAGCCUGGAGGCAAAAUUUUCCGCUGCUGUUAAAGUGAUCCGGGGUUUGCCUGAAGAAGGUCCUUUCCAGCCAUCUGACAACAUGAUGCUGAUGUUCUAUAGUUAUUACAAGCAGGCCACUCUGGGGCCCUGCAACAUCCCGAGACCAACCGGCUUCUGGGACACUCGUGGUAAAGCCAAAUGGGAUGCAUGGAACUCUCUGGGAAAUAUGACAAAGGAGGAUGCCAUGAAGAAUUAUAUUGAGGACAUCCAGCUGAUUUUGGAGACCAUCCCAGUCUCAGAUGAGGUGUCUGACCUGGUACAGAAGCUAGGUGACUUCUACACAGAGGUGGACAGAGAAGGAGAAGAAGCUGAAGAAAAUGAGGGGGACAAGAGACCCUUCACCAGGCCUUUUGCACAACGUACAGAUGAGCUGGUCAAACCAUUUCAGAAACCAACAAUGGAAGGCUAUGGGGAUCUGUGGGAAGAUAUACAAAACCUCCACGAGAAUGACAAAGACAGCAGUGUUCAUGGCCUGAGUGUCAGUAGCGGGGAGGCAGAAGGAAGCAAGGAAAACAGUGAAAUUGAGAGAAAAGAGGAAAGUAGUGAUUGGAAAAGUGAGGAAGAGGAGAAAGGAGAUGAUGAAGAUGACAACAAAGAAGAUACAAAAGACUGGAGUUAUGACCCAAGGCUGCUGAGUGUUGAGGACAAGAGAUGGAGGUCUGACACCAGGGGUUCCAGCAGCAGCAUGGAGCCCAGCAUGUCCUCCUUGACCAAUGGGACACACAGUUCCCUUAACAGUGAGAUGGAGGAGGAGGAGCUGGCCUGUUCCAUAGAGCCCAGUGUGCAGUAUAACUCUUAUAUGCACUUUAACGGCCACCUGAAUGAUCACAGUGAUGCUGUUCCUGAGAAGAACCAGCGAUUCACAGAUUCAGAUAAUGAGGAAUUCUGUGACUCAAUGGAGCAUCUAGCCAUGGAAGAGGGGUUGUCGACAAGAAUUUUGUCACCUGGAUCAGGAGCUGCCUCAGUGAGGCAAAAGGAUCUUUGGUUUGAGAGCAGCACUACCCUGAAUGGAGUAGAGGAUCAAGUGCUCCUGGUAGAUUCCUGUCUCAAAGAAGGGAUUAGCACAAGUCAAGUCAACAGCUCUUUGUCAAGAAGAGGGAGAGGUUCUCAGUCACCAACCUGCAGCUCUCAGCCUUGUACCAGUGUAGAUGCUGCCUGCCGCUGUGCGUCACAGAGAGUCCAUCCUGUCAGUGCUGCCAGAGGAAAUGUCAAUGAGCAAAUAGCUACAGCUCUGCUGAGGCUGCAGGGUGAUAUGACUGCUGUGUUGCACAGGCUGCACGUUCUGGAGGAGCUUGCGGUGUCCCAGUCAAGGUCAUCUUCACCAAGACAGGAUGAUUCCCUCUCCCUUGCACAAAAGAUCCUGAGACCAUCGUGGUGGCCUUUUGACUUCUGUCCACUCACUGUGGUGUUGACUGCACUCUGGCCCCUGAUUGCUCAUUGGCUUGUCCAGGUUUACUUACAACGGAAGAGAAGGAAAUUCCCCUGAACUGCCUGGUAACUGCUGGUCAACAAUUGGAAAACAUUAACUUAGGUCUUAGGAUGAUUUCUGGCUUUUGCAAGCCACCAUCACAGCCUGAGUGUAAGGAGGCAUCAGUAGAUGUGGAAAGGCUACCUUAGAUAAGUGAAUGGUCAGAAAUAUGCUUAAAGGGCGAUUCUGCAAUAUAGUUUGGCAUUUUUACUUAGUGGAUGCUUUUUAGGUGUUUAAGAGAGAGACGAUUCAUGCGUAAAUGCUGGUACACUGUUUUGCGGUUAGCUUAGCAUUAGCCCGUGAUCUUAUUUAUAACAUGUCACGCAGAUCACUGGGAACUCAGUAUACGCAUAAAUCUGUCUGAUAAAUUUGUCUGACACAAUCUGACAUAACUGUCACAACUUUUAAUUUAAAUAAAUUCACAAUAGUUGUUGAGGAUGUUGAGCAGUGCAUUUUCCCCCCAUUGUCAUUGCUAGUUAUUUGAUUUGCUGUACAUUUCAUUGUUUAUUUAGGUUUCUUUUCAUGUUUUUGUCAAACAGUAUUUAUUUAUUUAUUUAUUGAUAAUUUUGUCAUCAGCCUUUUAUAAUUAUUGUCUGAAACAGAAAUGUUUCAGGGUAAUUUAUUUUUUGAUCAAAAACACAUGGUAACAAAAAUAACUAUUUAUUUGUGUCUAUUUAUUGUAUUACUAUCAGAGAUAACGCUUAUUAAAAAAAUGAGAUACAAAGUAGCUUAAAGACAAUCCAUCUUUAUUCUUGUGUCUUGUCUGCUGUACAGUGAAACUUUAAAUAAGAUUGUCGUGCUUUCAAAUAUACAGGUGUAAAACUUAAGUAUAUGAAGCGGAUUUUAACCUGUAAUAAACACAUUCUUGGGACAAACA